CUUCCUUUUAUCCCUCAGAGGAUCAAAUCAUGGAGUCCUCUAAAAUAACUGCCCUUCUCUUCAUUUCCAUGCUCUUUAUUUCCUCAGCCACUCCCAUUCUUGGCUGUGGAUACUGUUCCAAUCCCCCACCAAAACACAAGAAACCCAAAAAUCCACCAAAUGUCAAACCACCAGGAACCCUGCCGCCGAUAGUCAAACCACCAGGAACCCUGCCACCAAUAGUCAAACCACCGGUAACACUGCCGCCGAUAGUGACCCCUCCAGUUACAUUGCCUCCAAAGGGAAAGGGAACACCCUGCCCACCACCACCACCUGCGGCUUUGCAAUCAGUAACAUGUCCCAUUGACACAUUAAAACUUGGUGCUUGUGUGGAUUUACUUGGUGGGCUGGUGCACAUUGGGCUUGGGGACCCUGCGGUUAAUCAGUGCUGCCCAGUGCUUCAAGGGCUUGUGGAACUUGAAGCUGCAGUUUGUUUAUGCACCACACUUAAGCUUAAACUUUUAAAUCUUAACAUUUUCGUCCCACUUGCACUUCAGCUUCUUGUCACGUGUGGAAAGACACCACCUCCUGGCUACACUUGCUCUCUCUAAGUAUGAUCAAGUCGAGUAUUCU